AAAGCCAGCUCCUUGCCCCCCACCACCGCGCACAUCCUCAGCGCCCUGCUGGAGUCCCGCGUCAGUCUGCCCCAGUACCCGCCCCCGGCUCUGGACUACAAGCGCUACCUCAAGGAGCAUAACGAACGGCAGUUCUUCCUGGAGCUGGUCAAGGACAUCUCCAAUGACCUGGACCUCACCAGCCUCAGCUACAAGAUCCUCAUCUUCGUCUGCCUCAUGGUGGACGCCGACCGGAGCUCGCUCUUUCUCGUGGAGGGGGCGGCCGCCGGCAAGAAGAGCCUGGUCUCCAAGUUCUUCGACGUGCACGCCGGCACCCCACUGCUGCCCUGCGGCUCCACCGAGAAUAGCAGCGAGGUGCAGGUGCCCUGGGGCAAGGGUAUCAUCGGCUACGUAGCGGAGCACGGAGAGACGGUCAACAUCCCCGACGCCUACCAG